AUACAAAUGUUUGAGCCUCCACACAGUUCCAGCCAGACUUCUCACUCUCUCUCUCUCUCUCUCUCUCUCUCUCUCAUCCCGCCUCAUUGAAUAAGAAUUAUACAUGUCUGCUUCGCUCCUCUCGCAUUCCCAGCGCCCCUCCCAAUGCCCGCAUUCAACCCUUCGCCCACGAGCAACGCACAAACUCAUAAACACGAAAGCAGAGAAACCGAGUGCAGAGCAGAGAUGAGCAAGUAAUGAUUUAUUCGCGUACUUCCUUUCUGCCCAAAAUCAAAACACCUCAGCAGACCGAAGAAAAGCCUCGCUUUGCUUAAAUCCCCAAACACAGAAGCCCCAUUUCCUCGGUUCUUCUCUCACAGAGGUCAAAAAGGUGCUGCCUUUGGCCAGGACUAGGGAGCAGGGAAAGUAGAAUCAGAGAUUCAUGGAUAGCAACUGCGGUGGCGGGCCUUCUUGCUCGUCUGCGGCGCAGGAGCAGAUUUCCUGUUUCUUCGGCGAGCAAGUUCAUCCUCCUUUCUCUUCUUCUGCUGCUGGAUGCAGGGAAAGGAGUGGGUUUUCUAUAACUGAGAAACCUGAGUUAGCGGUUGAGGCGGUGGGGGAGGGAGCGAAGCCGGUGGCGUCGACUCGCAGCGGUUCUGGUUCGAAGAGGAGCAGGGCAGCUGAAGUUCACAAUUUGUCGGAAAAGAGGAGGAGGAGUAGAAUAAAUGAGAAGAUGAGAGCGUUGCAGAAUCUGAUUCCUAAUUCUAACAAGACUGAUAAGGCUUCAAUGCUUGAUGAGGCGAUUGAGUACCUGAAGCAACUGCAGCUUCAAGUUCAGUCGAUGCGGAAUGGUUUGAAUCUACAUGACAUAUAUCUAUCGGGGAUGAAACAAUCGCCACUUCAAGCGUCUGAGAUCUGCAUGGGCUUCAGCGCCGAUAAUAGGAUAGCACUAAACACGUGUAAAGGAAUUCUUUCUCUCAACCAAGAAUCUUUUUCGCAGAAUCAGCGAGCAUCAUCCCAUCAAAUUCAAACCAUUGUACCCAGCCUUACUAUUCCACAGGAAACCUUUCAGUUACCCAUGUCUGCUGGGAUACUUUCUGAUGACAUAGUGUUGCAACAUCAGCUAGAUGCAGGGCCUGCUGCAAGAAACACAACUGAUCAAAUGAAGACCUCGGUGCCAACCUUUCAAGGCGAAUGCUCGUUGUUGGAAGAUCAUGGUGGUCAGCUAGAGAGACGCAUCGUAGGCCGAGAGGGAGCACAUAAUAUGCUACACACAAACUCAGACCUCCAGUUUACUAUACAUCACUCGCAUGGCUUGCAACCUCGAAGGAGCUUAGGUGGUAGUGAUAUCAAGGCAGAAUCUCUUGAGUUCUGAUGCUGCUUUACUUUUUC